CAUACCCUACUGCAUUUCUGAUCAUUUUUCCUCUGCGUAAAGUCUUAAAAGGUGGCGAGAACUGGAGACAGACAGGCUACAUUGACCGUGUAUAAAAUCGCGAUGUGUUCUAUGCGCUUUACUUUUCUGUGGUUGGUGUUUCAGGAAGGGAGGAGACGGAGUAGUAUGAAGUGAUUCAAGCGUUUCGGUUUCGAGGGUGGAGCCAUCCAGAUGUUGUCAUCCCGACUGCCCAUUUGCCACCGCUUUAGCCCGUGGAGUAGAUGGAAAAGUAGAAACCGCAUCCACCGUCCUCCGUGAAGUGAAAUCAACACACAACUCCGGGAAGAGGUCGGAUCUACUCCAUUGUUCAUUUAAAAACCGUCAGACAACCUACAGGGGUGUGCUACUGACCUCCACCAUGUCUGGGAAGGGCAAGUGGGGCGCCCUGAAAGAGAAGGUGGCCAUUGCCACGGGAACCAGUCCUGGUGGCCAUGACGAUCCUGACGCGCGACUGGAAGCCAAUCUGGAAAACGCCGACCCGGAGCUGUGCAUCAAACUACUGCAGGUGCCCUCCAUGGUGAACUACUCGGGGCUGCGUCGACGGCUGGAGUCGAGCGACCGCACGUGGAUGCUGCAGUUCCUGGAGCUGGGCGGCCUGGACCUGCUGAUGGAGGCGGUGGAGCGGUUGUCGGGCCGCGGCUGUGCCCGCAUCGCAGACGCCCUGCUGCAGCUCACCUGCGUGGGCUGCGUGCGCGCCAUCAUGAACUCCCACGCCGGGAUCAACUUCAUCGUGGAGGCCGAGGGAUACGUCAGGACCCUCACGCAAGCUCUGGACACGUCCAACACUAUGGUGAAGAUGCAGGUGGCUGAGCUGCUGGCAGCUCUGAUUAUGUUCUCCCCCAAAGGCAGAGAGCUGGCCAUGGACGCCCUGCAGAACUACAAGAGCGUGAAGAAGCAGCAGUACCGCUUCAGCGUGAUCAUGUCGGAGCUUGGAGCCACGGACAACGUGCCCUACAUGGUGACUCUGCUUAGCCUGGUCAAUGCCCUGCUCUUCAGCACUGAGGAGCUGCGUGCCCGCGACAACAUACGCAAGGAGUUCAUUGGUUUACAGAUUCUUGACAUCUUGCCAAAGUUACGCGAGCAGGAGGAUGACGACCUGCUUAUCCAGUGCGAGGCCUUUGAGGAGACCAUGGCGGAGGACGAGGAGGAGCUGCAGAGGGUGUUUGGAGGCAUCAACAUGAGCAACCACCAGGAGGUCUUCACUGCACUCUUUACACAGGUGAGUGCGUCCCCGUCGGGUGUGCAGCUGUUGACCAUCCUGCAGGCUCUGCUGCUGGUGGGGCCAGAGAGGGGAGACAUCUGGCUUGCCCUGGAGGCCCUCGCCGACCGAGCCACGCUGCUCGCCCAGGACGACGAAAUUCAGUCCACGGAGAAGCUCAUCGCCCGGCUGAUGGCCAGCAAGGGCAAGUACGGCCAACGGGAAAGCGAGGAGGUGAGGAGGCCGCUGAGGAUGCGGGACAGGGCCGUGCAGACCCUCCCCAUGGAGGGAGAGCUGGGGCAGGGCAGGAGGACCGAGGAAGGGGAAGGGGAGAGGAAGGUGGAAGCGGAGAUCACGUCACAAGAGGGACAGAAAGCAGGGGCCCAGCCACCAGCCCCUCCACCUCCGCCGCCUCCCCUGCCUGGCAUGGGGGUUGCUGCACCUCCUCCUCCUCCUCCACCACCACCACUUCCGGCGGGGAUACCUGGACCACCACCCCCACCACCUUUACCUGGCAUGCCUGGACCACCACCCCCACCACCUUUACCUGGCAUGCCUGGACCCCCGCCACCUCCCCCUCUCCCGGGUAACCGACCCCCACCACCACCCCCUCUGCCAGGGAUGGGUCCCCCACCCCCGCCCCCUCCUCCAGGCAUGGGUAUGGGCGGAGGAGACAUCAUCGUAGCCCACACCGUGCAGACUCUGGGCCGGUCCUACAUCGCUGUCGCCCCAGUGAAGCCCGGCCACUACCCCACACUACGCAUGAAGAAGCUCAACUGGCAGAAGCUGCCCUCUAAUGUGGUCUCAGUCAGCCAUUCAAUUUGGACUUCUGUGCAGUCUGACACGACAGAGCCGGACUACUCCAGCAUUGAGGAGCUCUUCUCCAUGCCCGUCGUGGAGCCCAAAGCCAAGACCAGCAAGCCAAUGGUGAAGAAGGAACCCAAGGAGAUAUCCUUUAUUGAUGCCAAGAAAAAUCUGAACUUGAACAUAUUUCUGAAGCAAUUUCGAUGCUCCAACGAGGACUUUGUGGCGAUGAUCCGUAAUGGCGACCGCUCCAAGUUUGAUGUGGAGGUCCUCAAGCAGCUGCAGAAGCUCCUUCCAGAGAAGCACGAGAUUGAGAAUCUGAAAGCAUACGAUGGAGAGAGAGAGAAGCUGGCGGGUGUUGACCAGUUCUACCUACUGCUGCUGGCUGUACCUGGGUACCCUCUGCGUAUCGAGUGCAUGCAGCUUUGUGAGGAGACGGCUACUGUGCUGGAGAUGCUGAGACCCAAAGUUGACAUCCUGGAUGCAGCCUGCGACAGUCUGAAAGAAAGCCCUCGGUUGCCAAGCUUCUGCAAGCUCAUUCUGGAUGUUGGCAACUUCCUUAACUAUGGGAGCCACACAGGCAAUGCUGAAGGCUUCAAGAUCGGCACGCUCCUGAAGCUCACUGAGACCAAGGCCAACAAGUCCCACAUCACGCUGCUCCACCACAUACUUGCGGAGGCUGAACAGGACCAUCCUGACCUUCUGAAGCUUCCUGACGACCUUGAGAUCUGUGAAAAAGCUGCAGGCCUCAGCCUGGAUUCUGUGCAGUCAGAAGCUAGCACCCUCGUCAAAGGCCUGAAGAACUCCCAGAAGAAAGUUUCCUCCACAUCCAUACAGGACAUCAAGGAACAAUAUCUGACUGACAUCAAGGCCUGCCUGGACCAGUGCACAGACCUAGAGGAGCGUCUGGACUCCGUAGAGAAGAAGAAGGAGGACCUGGCCGAGUACCUCUGCGAAGACGUCUCCCGCUUCUCACUCGAGGAGCUCUUCGGCACCAUAAAGAAAUUCAGAGGACUCUUCCUCAAAGCUAUUAAAGACAAUAAAAACAGGAGGGAACUGGCCAUCAAAGCAGAGAAGAGGAGAAAGAGGAUGGAGGAGGAGGAGGCCAAACGAGAGAAAGGGGAAGAUGGAAAGCCUAUCCGCAAAGGCCCGGUGGUGAUCCAGGAGGAGGGCUGCAUUAUCGACCACCUGCUGGCCGACAUCAAGAAGGGCUUCCCCCUCAGGAAGACCAGGCCUCGCACAGACCGGGACAGACUGUCCCCUGGUGGACGAAACAGGAAUAGCAUGCAGCCAGGCACGUUCACAGAUCAGACAAAGAAGCCUGAGGAUGCAUCCGUCCCCAGUUCCAACACCCUGGAUGUCCCAGCAUCAUCCUCACCCUCAGCCCCAGCCCCAUCCCUAUCCCCAGCCUCAGGGCCAGCAUCACCCCCAGACCCAUCCCUAGCCCCAUCCUCAGACCCACCCUCAACCCCAUCGCCAUCCCCAGCCUCAGGACCAGCAUCCUCCCCAGACCCAGCUAGCACUGAACCUGGCACCCAGUCAGCACCUCAGGGCCCUGCAGACACCACGGACGCAUCGCCCCAACCAAGCACACCCUUAACGGGGCCAUCCUCACCCACAGCAGGGCCAACCUCACUAGUAAGAGGCCCACCACGGGUACUUGCAGUCUCUGUGAACCCCGCCGGGCCUGAGGCUGAGGCUGAGGGUGGGGAGUCCCAGCGAGAGGCUGAUGGCCUGGCCAACAGGACUACUGAAGGACCUGGGGACAAGGUAGGGGUCGCGAAUCCCGACCAACCGGACGUGAACGGGAACAACUCCCCAGAAGGAGGAGCAGCAGCAGCAGCAAGGAUGUCGACGGGGAACGGGGAUGUGGAGAAGGGUCUGGAGGCGGGGGCUGGAGUAGAGGGGGCAGGGGCGGAGGGGGCAGGCCUGGAGGCGUCCAUGGAGAAGAGUAACGACUCGACGGACGUGCAAGCUUCCACCAAAGAAGACGGCGACCCGAAAAAGAAGAGGAGGAGUGGCUUGCAUAAGAAGGAUUCACACAGGAAAAGCCAAGAUCGGUCUACGGAAAACAGUCACCGCAAACGGCAUAAAAAAAGUUGUGUUGUGCAGUAGCGAGGAGGCUCCCAGAAGAGAAGCAAAACCAAACCAAAAUCCAAAGUCCAAAAUCUGAAACCAUAGACUUUUUUUUUUUUCUGGACAAAAACAAGAAAGAAUGGAAGGAGUGGAUGAAAGCAGAGCUGUAUCUGACUUGGAUACCGCAGAAGCCAAAAUUUACUGUAUGUUCCUUGAGAUAAUGCAUGUAUGAUCCUCUUCAGCACUUAAUGACAUAUAUGCAGAUUAUGUCUAUCUGGAAUUCACUACAUUUCAAAGAAAUGGAUUCUUCCACAUAGGCCUACAGUAGCCUACAGUGUAUCAAGAUUCAAAAAGCUUUGUUGUCUAAUAUAAUCAGACCAAAUGAGCUUCAUAUUAAUGAGAAGAAGAGGGGCUCUCUUCAAAAUGCCAUAUUUUUUACUGAAAAGAGUUUUGUUUACACUAACAUGUUACAUUUAGCAACAGAUGUAAUAUUUAAAAAAUAGGUUAUUAAAGUGGCUGCUUUGUUUGA